GCCUUGAGCCAGCCGUUCAGUCUCAUUCUUCCAUGCUCUCUCUUCCCAGCUUCCCCCGUAAGCAAUCAAAUCGCAUUCCGAAAUUCUUCGUAACAAUCCCGCCCCGAUUCCUUCUAGAUCUGACCUCGAUCCAUCAAAGAUGGGGCUCUCAAGCCUUCCAACUCCAUCUGAAUCAGUCCUGGCUCUCCUACUCGUGAACACAGCUCUCACCAUCUCGAUCCUUAAAGAAAUUUGCUUGGCCAGAUUCGAGCCGGAGUCGGUGGUGAAUCGGCUCCCCUGCGGUCAUCUGUUCCAUCAGAGCUGCGUGGAGCGGUGGAUCGAAUACAGAAACAACACCUGUCCUCUCUGCCGCUCCCACCUUCUUCCUGCAGACAAUUUAGGGCAGCAGAACUCAGUGUUUGUCAGUGGGGCGCGCCCUCAGCUGUAGGGAUAUUGUACAGGGGAAGGUGAGUUGGGUUUUAAGUGGGGCUUAGAGAAGGGUAAUGGAGUGAUGGCGCUGCUUAUGUUAUCCCUCGCUCUUCUUUUUCUUCUUCGCUGUGUAUAUUGGGAUUGCUUUUGUGAAUCUGUUGCUGAUAAUGCCUGAAUCUGUUGUUUGUUUUCUCGAUUUA